AUGCUAGCGGCCCGGCCCGAGUCCGUGAUCUCCGCUUUUGUGGCUGAAUAUCCCGCCAAAAGACCGUUCUACCAGCGAACCGCCAAAAAAGUGGAGGAAAUAUGCCACGAUGCCCUCGACUGUGAAGGAAUAUCACAUAGACCGAAGAGUCGCGCAAAGAAAACAGACAGCUUGCGCGAAAAGCUUCUGGAACGCGCAGAAGAGGGUCAUCAUUACCAGACGGAGGAAGAUAUACAAGACGACAUCGUGGACCUUGCCGGUGUUCGCAUUGUCCUUGAUACUGCCGUGGAUAAGGAGAGGGUCGAAAACAUUAUCUCUCGGAGAUUUCAGAUGGUGAAGACAAAAAACCAUCCGGAUCCCGAUGUCACUCGCAAGGAGGCCAGGAAAAGGGAGGGCUAUAAAAAGGUGUUCCCAGCCUACGUUGCUACCCACUAUCGCGUCCGUCUUAAGAGUGAGGAUCUGCUGGAUGUUCUUGAUCUGGGCGAAGCUGGAACUGGUGUGAUUGAGAUUCAGGUCAGGACCUUCGUGGAUGAUGUACAUGCAGAGGAGGAGCACGAGGCCUAUAAAUCAAAGUCCGCGCCGGACCCAAAGAUGGCGCCCAUCUUAGACGCUCUGAGUGGAGCAGCCCAGCUUUUCAAUGCUCUUGACGGGCAAGCGAAGGGAAGGAGAAGCAAAUCGAAGGGAAAAGAAAACAGAGCUUUCACCAGUAUCGACCAGCUCGGGAAUUUCCUCGAUAAAUUUAUCAAAGAUAAGGCUGCGGCAUGGGUAAGAGCUGAGCGGAAGGGUAAUUCAUGGACGCCGUUGUUCGCUUUCUUGUCGACGUUCACUGAUAAGAACACACAAUUGUCUUUGGAAGCGCUGCUGAGCGACAAUCUCGAUGCCGAGUCUGAAUCCGUGUACAGGAGGAUUUCACGCGUUUACACACUUGCCAAACCCACCCUGAACAUAUUUCUCAUGGACCGAAUACUCUUGGAGGAUUUUGGGGAACCGGCACAACCCCUGAAAAUGCCCGAGGAUUGCGAUUCUCAUAUAUACAAAAUCUUGACGAUGAAGAGCACGAUUAUCUGGCUUCAUAAGAUUUUUUUACCUUCCGAGUCAUGGACUUGGAUCUUUGCCGACUCGGGAAACCAGGAAUCUCUUCUUCAAAGUCUCAAAUGGCUGGAUGGCCCUCAAAAAGAUCGUUUCGGGCAACCACUAUUAUCGAGUGAUGUCGUGAAACUGGAUUUUCUAUGGAACUGGUUUGAAGACCAGGAAGCACGGCACAUGCGGUUAGCCUUUACCAUGGCUAAGCAUGGUAUGCGAAGAGACAAGGAUCGGACACAGAUCUUUGAUGUUCUCAUCAAUGCAUUAUAG